AUGGCGAUGACAAGAGGUGAUGAGCGUCAUCUAGUGCCUUAUUUUGCAUUCAGCUUCAGUACUCAGAACAUAAGGUCUUGGCUAAGUUUGAACAUGUCGUGCUUGGCAUGCUGUGGAGGUGAAGAUACUCAAAGAACACCUGAUAAUGGAGGUCCAUACCCUGGUGGCUACCCAGCAAGGGAUGAUGCUUAUCGCACUGCUGAUCCAACUCCCAGGGGUGCUCAACCUGUGAAAGUGCAGCCAAUCGCUGUCCCCACUAUUCCUGUAGAAGAAAUUAGGGAGGUCACAAAGGCUUUUGGCGAUGAAGCUUUGAUUGGUGAGGGGUCUUUUGGCAGAGUAUAUUUUGGUGUACUAGAAAAUGGUAGGAGUGCUGCGAUCAAAAAGUUAGAUUCAAGCAAGCAGCCAGAGCAAGAGUUUUUGGCACAGGUCUCCAUGGUGUCAAGGCUUAAGCAUGACAAUGUCGUAGAGUUGCUUGGUUACUGUGUUGAUGGGAACACCCGCAUCCUUGCUUAUGAAUUUGCUACUAUGGGUUCUCUUCAUGAUAUGCUUCAUGGACGCAAAGGUGUGAAAGGAGCUCAGCCUGGUCCAGUCUUGUCCUGGAUACAACGAGUGAAGAUUGCUGUUGGAGCAGCAAAAGGUCUCGAGUAUCUUCAUGAGAAAGCGCAGCCUCAUAUUAUACACAGGGACAUCAAGUCCAGCAAUGUUCUUCUAUUUGAUGAUGAUGUAUCUAAAAUAGCUGAUUUUGAUUUGUCAAACCAAGCUCCUGAUAUGGCAGCUCGACUUCAUUCGACCAGGGUUCUUGGAACAUUUGGCUAUCAUGCACCUGAGUAUGCAAUGACUGGACAACUUAGCUCUAAGAGUGACGUCUACAGUUUUGGAGUUGUUCUUCUGGAGCUCCUGACUGGAAGAAAGCCUGUGGAUCAUACAUUACCAAGAGGACAGCAAAGCCUUGUGACAUGGGCAACUCCACGGCUUAGUGAAGAUAAAGUUAGGCAAUGCGUUGAUUCAAGACUUGGAGGAGAAUAUCCUCCUAAAUCUGUUGCAAAGUUUGCAGCUGUUGCCGCACUCUGUGUGCAAUAUGAAGCUGACUUUCGACCAAACAUGAGCAUCGUGGUGAAGGCGCUCCAGCCCCUGCUGAAUGCACGUGCAUCCAACAACCCUGGUGAACACACUGGAUCGCAAUCUUCAAUUCACCAUUUAUGA